AUGCCUGGCAAAAACAACAAUCGACAGUCGGCCGCGCAGGGCCCUCAGCCUCCGACUCCCAAGGCUACAGCGAAAUACACAAACAAGGAUGGAACCAAAUAUAUAUCCGUUCCCAAGUCAUCAGGUUCUACUCCUCCGCCCCAGCCAUCGCCCACGACAACCUCAUCCUCCAGAGGCGGUGCUCCGACCAGUAUCCCGGCAGCUGCCGACAUGCCCCCCGCGCUACCGGUAAAUCGCAAGAAACAAAAGCGCCGAGCGAAGGCUGCCGCAAAGGCUGCAGCUGAACAAGCAGAGGCCGUAGCAAAUGGGCUCCCCAGCCCCGCAUCUACGAGUAGCGUGCCUUUACCUAUCGGAACAGAGUCGCAGAGAAAGGACGCGCACUACCCCCGGAAUAUCUUACCGAGCGAAAUCCCUCCCUCCGACAACCACACGCACAAUGGCGAAGAUUGGGGAGAUGAAACCGAAAGUGACGAUGAACCCCCCGAAUCUGCCAACGGUUCGGCGCAAAAGCCUUCUAAGAAGUCCAAGAAAAAGAAGAAGAAGGGCGCGAUCGAGGAGCCUGUUAGUAAUAAUCCCUCGGGUAUAUCUAAAGAGAAGAUAUGGAACACCUCAAACGAACAGGAGCGAGAACGUAUUAAACAGUUCUGGCUGGGCUUGGGAGAGGAAGAACGAAAAUCCUUGGUCAAGGUUGAGAAAGACGCGGUGCUCAAGAAGAUGAAGGAACAGCAGAAGCACACAUGCAGCUGUUCUGUCUGCGGGCGCAAACGAACAGCAAUCGAAGAAGAAUUAGAGGGUCUCUACGAUGCAUACUAUCAAGAGUUGGAAUCAUUCGCGAAUCAACCUCACAACCAUCCUAAUGCGCCCCCUAUGUUCGAACCUAAGAGGUUCGGACCUAUGAGCGGAUUACACCCCCCCGGAGCCCUUCCAUCUAGAUUUUCGAACCAUCACCCGUCUCAUGGUCGCAUAGUGGAACACGUGGACAACGACGAAGACGAGGAAGAUGAGGUAGAGGAGUAUAGUGACGUAGAUGGUUUGGAUGAUGAGGAUGAGGAUGAAGAUGAACCUGAAGAGAUCCCUCGCGACCAAUAUCCCAACGAUUUCUUUAAUUUUGGUCAAAGUCUCACUGUUAAAGGCGGCAUUCUUACUGUAGCAGACGAUCUACUCAAGAACGACGGCAAGAAGUUCAUAGAAAUGAUGGAGCAGCUAGCCGAGCGAAGAAUGGCACGCGAGGAAGAUGCUAAAGAUCACUACCCCGGUGCAUACAGUCACACUGUUAACGGCGCAUCUUUACCUAACCCUCACAACCAUCCACCUCUCGAGGAUGACGAGUCAGAAGAGGACGAAGAGGAAGAGGAGGAGUAUAGUCAGGAUGAGGACUAUGAAGAGGAAGAGGACACUAUGACUGAGGAGCAACGUAUGGAAGAAGGCCGCCGAAUGUUUCAGAUAUUUGCCGCGCGAAUGUUCGAGCAGAGAGUAUUAACCGCAUAUCGAGAAAAGGUCGCUAGGGAACGUCAAGAGAAGCUUCUUGAAGAGCUCCAAGAAGAAGAAACCCAAGAAACCCAAAGAAAGGCCAAGAAGGCAAAGGAAGCACAGAAACGGAAAGACAAGGCGGCACAGAAAAAGCAAGCGCUGAUCGAGGAAAAGGCGAAACGCGACGCUGCCAAAGCGGCAGAAGAUGCGGCUCGCUUGGCGGAAGAGGCCAGGAAGGUUGAGGAAGCCAGAUCUAAGGCGGAAGAAAGGCGGAAGAAGAAAGAUGCCCAGAAAAAGGCCGAGGAAGAAGAGCGAUUAAAAAGGGAGGUUGAGCGGCAGCGACGUGCUCAGGAACUGAAGGAAAAGCAACUAGAGCAGGAACGCAAAGCGCGCGAAGCGAAAGAACGCGAGAAGAAGCUAAAGGAGGAACAGCGACGCAAGGAGCAAGAGGCUCGCGAGCUUAAGGAACGCGAGACUCGAGAAAGGAGAGAGAAGCAUGAGAAGGAUAAGAGAGAAAAGGAGCUAAGAGCAGCUCAGGCAAAGGCUGACCGCGACGCCAAGGAAAAGUCUAAGCAGGAAGAAAAGGAGAAAGCGGCUGCUAAAACCGCAACUCCUAUAGCCCCUAUUCCAACUCAGCCUGCGAAGAAACAGCAUCCCGUCUCGAUUCCUGUGCUCCCUCAACAACUCCCGCCAAAUCACGCCUCGCCUCAAAUAUCAGUUGCGACUCCCGUUCUUCCCAAGGCUCCCACACCAAUGAAACCUCGCUCCGUAUCUCACGAGGUGACGAGAUCAGCUUCUCAGGCUUCUCACUCCGCUUCCGGUCCAAGCCAGAAUGUGUCGCCGCUCACCCAAACUCCGCUACACACUAGCCCUGGUCCUAUCGGCCCCCCUAGAAAGGCUUCAUCUACCGGACCGGUAAAUAUAGGAACUCCCGUCCCCCAUCCAGCAUCUCCUCUUCAUAUGGGAGUUAGAAGCCCGUCCAGUUUACAUCAAGGGCCGUUCACAGGAUUGCCUAUGAACCUUCAGGGUCCUCCCGGAAUACCACCUCAACAUGUGGCUCCAGGCUUCAACCGAAUGCACGAACCAAUGUUCCCCCCUCCUGGAAACUUAAAUUUCCGUCCCGUAGGUGGAAUGCCGACACCACCAGGCUUUCCCGCUGCCAGCCCGAUGACUAGUCGAUCUUUUCUAAUAACUCCGCAUGUCCCCCCCGGGUUCCAUCACCCGACAGAGCAGCCUCCGCCGAAUAUGUCUCAUCAAGGUUUCUCCCCGGAGAGCGUAUCCGGACGGCCGCAUUCACACUCGCGACAAACAUCUGCUUCUUUUGACGCGAAUUCUCUAUCCGGCGGUCCAUCUCAACCAAUUAGCAGACCAGCACCAAUUGGUAGACCAGGAAGUGUAGUUCACGGACAGAAAAGCCAUGACCUGUCAGCCGAUAUCGAUGAUGUGAGCAAUCAUCUCGGGAGCAGCGCCUUACUUGACGACACGGAUGUACCUUUAGAAACUGUAAACUCGCCCCGGCGAGGCACCGCCGCUCCAGGUCGGAUUCCAUUCCCAAGCGCGCCAUUUAUGGACCCAUUCUUAGGCUCGCCACUCAACACUACUACAUGGGGUCCCCCAAACGUGUUUUCCCCGCCGCCGCCCGGUUUCGCCAACCCUAACCCUACAUGGCCUAUGAAUCCCUCGUUUGGUGCUCCUGCCUCUGGUAUGCGAACCUCUCAACCUCGGCCUGUCGCUGUUCGUCAAAUGCUUGUGAACGCAUGCAAAGAGCUGCAGGCUCUCGGAUCCAACACAAACGGAUAUGUCGACCUGCUUGCUGUUACGAAUCGUGUGAACAGUAUAAAUCCACCAGGAAACGACCCCGUCUCUGAAGAGGAGUUGAUAGAUAUGUGCGAAACCGUAGGCAGCUCACACAACGGCGGCGGAAGCUUUGACGUGCGGAUUCGCGAUGACGGGAAAUUAACUGUCCGCUUUGAAGCUGAUAGAGGAUCGGUUUCGGGGCGAAAUAUACUGGGAGCUCCAGGCGAAAUCGGCAGUCCAAUCGUAGGAGUUGGUUCGCCAAGUCGUGCGGGUCCCUCGGCGUAG